AUGUCCCCAUCCUCGCCCUCCAAAAUACGCACAAUCUCGACCGACAAGUCUCGUGCCUACAGCACCUCGUCCUCCUUCAACCUAACCGUCCUAAUCUCCGGGUCUGGCACGAACCUACAAGCUCUGAUCGAUGCGUGCGGCCAAGCCCCAUCGUCGAAGAACACCGCCCGACCUCUCCCUCAAGCGCAAAUCACCCAUGUGAUCUCGAACCGACGGGAUGCGUACGGCCUGGUUCGCGCCCAAGAAGCCCACAUCCCCACCACGUACCAUAACCUGGUGACAUACAAGAAGAAACACCCGCCCACUGAGACCGGCACACAGACAGCCAGACGGGAAUACGACACCGACCUGGCGCAGAAGAUCCUCACGCAUAUCCCGUGUCCCGACCUCGUCGUGUGCGCCGGCUGGAUGCAUAUUCUGUCUCCGGUCUUUGUCAAUGCCCUAGCCGCGGCGAACGUGCCGAUCAUCAACCUUCAUCCGGCGCUGCCUGGUCAAUUCAACGGCGCAAACGCCAUAGGACGGGCCUACGAGGCGUUUCAGCGCGGCGAGAUCUCUAAGACUGGCGUCAUGGUCCACUAUGUCGUGGAUGAGGUGGAUAUGGGACAGCCUGUCAUGGUGAAGGAGGUCGAAUGUAGACCCGGGGAAAGUCAAAAGGAGCUCGAGGAGAGGAUUCAUCAGACAGAGUGGCAGCUGUUGGUGGAAGCUACAGAGAAAGUCCUCGCCGAGCUGGAGGAGAAGAGACGGUUGGAGGGAUGA